UGUGGUUGUGUCAUUUGUCCAAUCUGUAAGUUUUUGUUAACCGGCGCCGCUAUUCAAAAUUUAAAAAGUUGAUUCGACGAUGUCGCUAUCCGACGUAGACCUACCGAAUUACGAAAAGAGCUCCGAGCAAAAGGUGUCGUGUCCGGUGCAUCACUCUCGCAACACAAAUGCCAAAGUCUUGGACAGAUUGGAGGAGACUUACUGGGCGACUUGGAAGCCCAAGAGGGCGCCAUUGCCGCCUCGACUUAGCAGGAAGGCUCGAAAAGUUCCUCCCGAGGUGUGCGACCAACCCACAAUACCGGAAACCGUCUCCAACAGUACCACCAGCAAAGCACGUGGCGACGCGAGUGACGUAUUGGUUAAAUACUUCAUGGCGAAAAAAUUUGAGCCGUCAUCUCGCGAGGAGUCCACCGAGGGUCUAAACGAAUCGAAGAUGGAACCAGUGGCGCCCAGGUUCGUCGAACGGGGCUCGGAUGCCUCAAAGACGGAAGGCGCCUGCCAAAAUGUUUCCGUAGCUCAGGAACGCGACAAGAACGAAGACAGAGGUGAUUCUCAGCAAACCAAAGGAGUGCGGCUGUACAGGAAGCCAUGUACGUCGUCCGGGUAUGUCAGGGGCGGCUCGUACCCGCUGAAAUCUUACCAUAAGAGGGAACCUAUCGGGCCCAGAGGUCAGUUUAGGUUGGGCGCGCCGGGCAGUCCUCUAUUUGUCACGUCAAAUUCGUUUAGUAGAAAGACGAAAUAAAAUAAAACCACCCGUUCAAGA